AUGGAGGUUAGUGACUAUAUCGAGUUCGGUCUCCCCGGAUCCGUGCUGUACCGGGGAUUUCUCCUGUCUGACCCUCCCGCUUCCGCCUCCACCACCGCACCCGGCGCCGUUACCGCGUCCAACAAGUCUUCGUCCUCCCCUUCUCCGCCUUCCAUCAUUCAGUCCGGGCGAGGUCAGGAGGACACCUCGAUCCUGCACCCGAUCUCCACGUGGAAUGACAUUCCGAUUCGCCCUGCUGACUCAGCUUUAUCGCACGGCGGCGGUGGAUUCGCUCUUGAAGCGGCGCCGGGCCUGGAUGGGCUUAUGGCGGGCGACAGCAUUGCUAUGGUUUGCUGCACGCCGCGUAACUCGUGGGUGCAAAUCGAGGCGGCUUGUAACGAGGCGUGUCAUCCGCUGCGCGUUCGCCAGGUGGACGGUUUACCCGCUCAUUACAGUCACAAUCUCGAUUGGAACCUCGGGAUCAUCCCGCAGACGUGCUCCUGCCGCCAAGGCGACAACGCCGGAGCGGCUCUUCAGGCUGGAUCUGGCGAUGCUUGUACGUCCUGCGAUAAGGCAUGCGACGAGGCAGCCUGUGACACGGCGACAUCCGCGACCAUGUGCGACGGGGCGUGCGACACGCACGCGCCGUUGGAGGUGAUCGAAAUCGGGCGCAUGGAGGCUCGAGUGGGGCAGGUGUAUCUGAUGAAGCCGCUGCUCGCGUUCCUCGUCGUCAGCCCCGACCUGAAAUCGUCCUGGAAGAUCGUGGCCGUCAACUCAUCUGAUCCGAUGGCUGCGGCGCUGCUGGAUUCGCGAAGUGGUUACCCGUCGAUCCGCCGAGCACCAUCGCGGGUCGCGCAGCAGCAGGGGAAUGCGCAGCAGGAGGGCAGGAAGUUGACCAGGCACUGGCGGUCGUCCUCUUCAUGUGCUCUCGAGAUCCCCACCGGAAUGCUACUAGACUCUCCCUCCCCCGUACAUCGCUCCUCGUCUUCCCGCCUGCUUCAGCCCCUCACCCCCUCCGCCUUGACUCGCUCCGCGUCUGAGUUCCUGCGCCAACCCCUCACGCCUUCCCGUUUGCCACUUCCCCCCUUGCCGCCUCUCACCCCUCGCCGCCAACCACGCGCCUUCUCGCCCUCCUCGUCCUCCUCCCACAAACAGGCGGCCUCAAGGAGGUACGACUUCCGGCGUUCAAUGUCUGCUCACACGGAACGGGAGUCCCAAAAACCACCUGCCAGGGCUGGGAAGCUGGGAAAGUCUGGCAAAUCGGAUGGACUUGGCGCAGAUCUGCUGCCUGAUAACCCAUGUGGAAAGUUCAGUGCGGAUUUGCUGCCUGCUACACCAAAAGGGCGUGUUGGACUGCCCAAGACCCCGAGGGCUGGGAAACUGGAGCGUGCUGUACAGCCCAAGACGCCGAGGGCAGGAUCUGAACUUUCUGGAUCUUCAAAGGGACGCGUCGAGCAGCCGAAAACGCCCGGAGCGCCCAACACGCCCAACGCUCCUAAAACGCCCGACGCGCCCAAAACGCUCAACCCGCCCAAAACACCCAACCCGCCCAAAACGCCCAACACUCCCAAAACUGCCAACCCGCCCAAAACCCCCAUCACGCCCAAAACGCCCAUCACGCCUAAAACACCCAAAACACCCAGCAUUUCCAACACGCCGAAGACGCCAAAAACGCCGAGAAGAACGGCUGAAGAAGCCAGCAGCUUCCGCAGGUCGCCAGCAGCAAUGAGCGAGCAGUCCAAGACCGCCCAAUCCCAAGCAGGCAAUGAGGUGCCCAAGACCCCCUCCAGGGCAAGAAAUGAGCUUGGGCUGAUUACCCCAAGGGGGCAAAGGGAGCUGGGUAAGACUCCCAAUCCUGCCGUUGGUGCUGGUGCUGCUGCUGCUGGUGGUGGCGUCGCUGCUGCUGCUGCGGCUGCUGCUGGUGUUACUGCUGCAAGCCCACGGGACGCAAUGAAUGAAGGAGCUGACCGCAGUAGCUUGUCACCAAAGCAGACAGUGGGAGGUGCUGGCAAUGGUGGUGGUGAGAAGAGCGGCAGCAAGGGCAGGAUGCUGAAAGCCGUGCUGAAGCUGUUUGGGAAAAGCCGGGGGAAAGGGCAGAGCCAGAGCAACAGCAGCAUGCAGGGCCCGAGUGCAGAUGCUUCAGUUGGCCGGGUCACGCCUUCCCUGGACUCCCCUUCUCUGAAUGCGCUGCAUUCUGCCCGGUCUGCUUCUGUGGGUUCCUUAAGCUCUCUGGCUGCUGCUGAUGCUGAUGCUGAUGCUGUGGCGGAUGCUGAUGUUGAUUCUGAUGCUGAUGUUGAUGCUGAUGCGGAUGCUGACUCUGGUGCAGCUCCUGAUGGUGCUGAUUUUGUUGCUGACCUUGACGAUCCUCAUGCUGAUGCAGGAGAGACAUCAUUCGACCUCCCAUACUCAUCCAAUGGUCUCCAAGGUGACAUUUACGCUGACAGCACCAUGCCUCUCUCCGACAACACUGAAAGCAGCACUGACGUGUUGGACCGUUUCAAGCGUGCUCUCUCUGAUAACACCGAGCGAUCCCGGCCUCGUUGCUCUGAGGACACCUUUUGCUCGGGCAGCAGCCCAAGUCUUCCUGACGGCAGCACUGAUGUGUUGGCUCGCUUUAAACGUGCUCUCUCCGACAACACCGAGCGAUCCCGGCACGAGUCGCCACAGCACAGCCCAUACGCUGCUGCUGCUGCUGCUGCUGCCCCGUCCUAUGCCUCUCCACCUCCACACCCAGAUUCAUAUGGAAUCCCCGUGCACGCUACUCCCGUCUACCCUGCACAAGGGCAGGAAUUGCGGGAGGUGGUUCAAGGGCAGGGGUUGGGGCACGGGGGCUAUGAGGCAGUGAGAGCCUCAGCAGCAGCGCAGCUGGCCCCCCUCAUUUGCCUCACCCCGCCCUUCCCUUCACCAGUUGAUGCCUCCCCUUCUCCUGUGGAUGCCUCCCCUUCACCAGCUAAUGCCUCCACUUCCCCAAUUACCACUUCGUUUUGGCCCCUUGGCAGCAGCAGCAGCAGCAGCGGCAGAAGCAGCAGCAGCAGAGAUAUCAAAUUCGUUGUUGCAGCUGCUGCUGAUGCCGAUGCUGCCCUCACCGCUGCUGCAUCUAUUGUCGUGGGGACAGCAGGAUUUAGAAAGAACAGUUUUGAGCCGUCUCAGAACCCGGUUACAGAGGCGGAGGAGGAGGAGGAGGAGGAGGAGGAGGAGGAGGAGGAGGAGGAGGAGGAGGAGGAGGAGGAGGAGGAGGAGGAGGAGGAGGAGGAAUGCACUUGCAUGCACCAGAAGGGAACAGGAGGAGAAGAAGAUUCGAUCUCAUGGGUCGACUCAAGCUACACCACCUUCUCUCAUCCCGGUGACUCACGCCACUCGAAAAACGAAUCUUCUUAUAAUGAGGAGUAUGUUUCCGGUGGUUGUUCUGACAGUGAGGAGGAUUAUGGCGGUGGUGGGUGGGCUUAUAAUGAAGCCCUUGCCGAGUGUGUGUAUGGGGAUGAAGGGAGCAUGGGGAGCGGCUAUGGCAGGAGAGCACACAGGAGCAGCAGCGUGGGCACAAGUAUCCAGAGCAUGGGUCGUACCACCUCUUCUCCUGGAAACCAGCAUGGUGUUCGAUCGCGACACUGCAGGAGUGCUAGUGUCGUGCCUGAACGCACCUUCGAACGCGCCCUUGAACUGACCUUCGUUCCGACCCUGCGGCGCCGAGACAGUGUGGGGAGCGUGGGGAGCGUGGGGAGUGUGAGCAGUGCAAACUUGGUGUGUGAUCGGAUCCUGAGUAUGUGUGACGUCUCACCCGUUCCUAUCAUUCUCUCCUCCGACCUGGGUAGUCGGGGGUGGGCUCGUAGGGUGGCUGCUGCAGAGAGACUUGAUGUUUGGUCUGCAGGCAGUGAAUAUGAGUUUGAAGCAGCGGCAGUCGCAGAAGGAGGAGGUGAAGGAGAAGGGGCAGCAGAGGCAUGGUUUGCUUCAUCAGUUACAGUUACAGACUACUCUUCUGUUGCAGCAGGAACAGCUGCAGGAACAGCAGCAGGGGCAGCAGCAGUAUUAGGAGCAGGAGCAGCAGCAGCAGCAGCAGCAGCAGCAGCAGCAGCAGCAGCAGCAGCAGCAGCAGCAGCAGGCCGCGCAACCCCCUCUGCUGCCCCCCAGUUGUCAAGGAGACCAGCAGCAUCAUCCCGAAUUGGGCUCUUUCUGCCCGGCCUGCCCCACUGGACCAAGCGGUCGCUCCCACACUCGCUGCGCAUCUCCCGCUCGCUGCUCUCCUUUCAAGAGCGAGCGCUGCUGGAGCACCACCAGGAGACUGCCCUCCUGCAUGGCAUGGCUGGUCGAAAGGACGGGGAAAACGGGCUAUGGAGUCAGAUAAAUGAGGAGAGCAGCAACAAGGGGAGCAUUGAGCAGAGUAGUAAUGAGAAGAGACACGGGAGGAGGAGUGAGCGAGUGAAAAGCGAGAGCUCCCUUUUGUCAGCAGCAGCAGCGGCGGUGGCAGCACCAGUUUCGCCUGGAGAGUCGAUUCGAGCGGCCGUGGCCGUCUAUUCCGCGUCGAGAGAGUUUUGGCGGCCCCCCUCCACCCCCAAGCCUGUCAUGGCCUGCCAACUUAAGCAAGCCAAGCUGUGCCUCCCCAUGUAUUCCCCCCCUGUGCCGCCCAUUGGGCUGGAGAAACUAAUGGAGGGUACAGCAGGAGCAGGUGGGACUGGUGGGUUUGCUGGCUUUGCUGGGCUGGCUGGAUUUGGUGGGGGAGGUGGGUGGGGGUUGGGUGCAGGCUGGUGGGGUGCGGUAGAGGGAGCGGGGGAGGAGAGGAACGAGGGGACGGGAGAGGCGGGGUGGCUGGGGUUUGAAGGGUUGGUGGACGCGGCAAGGGGGGUGAUGUGGGGGGGAGGAGGGGAUGGAGGUGGGGAGGGUUUGAAGGAGGAGAAAGAAGGGAGUUUGGGUGCAGCUGUUGGGAAGGAGGGUAUGGGAGAUGAGGAAGAAGGGGAAGUGGAAGGAGAAGAGGAGGGGUUGACUGCAGGAGUUGAGGAGAAAUGUUUUGUGAUAGGUGAGGAGGGAGACAACAAGGGAAUGGCAGGAGAGGGAGGAGCAAAGGUAGGUGGGUGA